UUGGAAAGGACGUGACAUCAGCAACUGUGCAGACUUGGGGCUGGAGGGCUGUUGUGGGGCUUUGGCCAGCCUCCAGCCAGCUAGGUGGAGCAUGCGUGUGUGUGUGUGUGGGUGUGCGCGCCUGUCUGUGUGUGUGCUUGUCUGUCUGACCACAGGUAGUACUCAGAUUACCCUGGCUGUUCUGUUCUCUGCUGCAGACGGCUGUUCUCCACCGUCUGACCAGGACGGUGCAGCUCAGCCAGCCACAGCCCUGGAAUUUCCCAAGAGCCGGGGAGAGCAUGGAAUUUGGACUUUUCUGAGCAACUGAAGUGGAGCGUGGAGCUUGCCCAGCCCAGGAGAGCACCAUGGAUGUCGAACCACGGGGCAGGAAUGGCAGCAAGCCCCUGAGGCCAGGAAACCCUCCUGACACCAGGCUCCUUUCAAACCCAUUGAUGGGGGAUGUUGUGUCUGAUUGGUCUCCUGUGCAUGAAGCUGCGAUUCACGGACGUCUGCUCUCUCUGAGGAACCUCAUCAGCCAGGGGUGGCCUGUGAACCUCAUCACGGUAGAUCAAGUGUCCCCACUCCAUGAAGCCUGUCUCGGAGGUCAUCUCUCUUGUGCAAACAUUUUAUUAAAGCAUGGAGCUGAGGUGAACGGAGUCACCACAGACUGGCACACUCCCUUGUUUAAUGCUUGUGUUAGCGGCAGCCAGGACUGUGUGAAUUUGCUUCUGCAGCAUGGAGCCAGCCCCCGCCCUGCGAGUGAUCUGGCAUCCCCCAUCCACGAAGCUGCUAAGAGAGGCCAUGUGGAGUGCAUCGAGUCCCUCGCAGCUCAUGGGGGCGACAUUGACCAUAACAUCAGCCACCUGGGCACUCCACUAUAUUUGGCUUGUGAAAACCAGCAGAUAGCCUGUGCCAAGAAGCUUCUGGAGUCAGGAGCAAGUGUGAACCAAGGCCGAGGUCUGGACUCCCCUCUUCACACAGUGGCCAGGGCGUCCAAUGGGGAGCUGGCCCGCCUGCUCAUGGACUAUGGAGCAGACACCCAGGCCAGGAAUGCCGAGGGCAAACGUCCUUUAGAGCUGGUGCCUCCAGAGAGCCCUCUGACCCAGCUCUUCUUGCAGAGAGAAGGUGCUUCUCCCUUGCCCGAACCUAAGCCCUAAUCCAUAGAGACUCCAGCGGGCUCUAGUAGGAGGCAGGACCCCCUUCUUUGAUGCAGUUAUGCCGCCUUAGAAUUCGGAAGUGCUUUGGGAUCCAGCAGCAUCAUAAGAUCACCAGACUGGUCCUCCCCGAGGAGCUGACACGGUUUCUUCUACACAUUUAAAUGUGUCAAGGGAAUGAAGUCACAAACAACAAACAUCGAGUGUUGCAGCCAUUGGAAUUUUAAAGUCAAGUCAGGUUGA